AUGCCUUUGAUCAUGUCUGAAGAAAUUGAAAUUACUGAAGAAAAAACCCAAAAACAACAAGACAGUUGGGACGAUAUUUGUGUCAAGGUUGAGUCUUGGCCGUCAAGUUCAACUAAUGAUAAAGAAGAUUCUUUUGAAACACCUUACCACUUGUCGAAUUUGACAAUCAAUUCUUUGUAA